GCAGCGCGGUACAUUCCAGCCUUGUACACAGACAAGAUGGCAGCCUCAUUGGAAGACGAAUUCGAAGAUGCACCUGAUGUAGAGCCAUUAGAACCGACGCUAAAAAAUAUAAUCGAACAGAAAUCUCUGAAAUGGAUAUUUGUGGGGGGAAAGGGUGGUGUCGGUAAAACGACAUGUAGCUGUAGUUUGGCUGUUCAGCUCGCUGCAGUCAGAGAAAGCGUCCUCAUCAUUUCCACAGAUCCUGCUCACAACAUCUCUGAUGCUUUUGAUCAGAAGUUCUCAAAGGUGCCGACUAAGGUCAAGGGCUAUGACAACCUCUUUGCAAUGGAGAUUGACCCAAGUCUGGGAGUGGCAGAGCUGCCGGAUGAGUUCUUUGAGGAGGAUAACAUGCUCAGCAUGGGGAAGAAGAUGAUGCAGGAGGCAAUGAGUGCUUUCCCUGGCAUCGAUGAAGCCAUGAGCUACGCAGAGGUCAUGAGGUUAGUUAAAGGGAUGAACUUCUCAGUGGUGGUGUUCGACACUGCCCCGACUGGCCAUACACUGAGACUGCUCAACUUUCCUACCAUAGUAGAACGCGGCCUGGGCCGCCUCAUGCAGAUCAAAAAUCAGAUCAGCCCUUUCAUCUCUCAGAUGUGUAACAUGCUUGGUCUGGGUGACAUGAAUGCAGAUCAACUCGCCUCAAAGCUUGAGGAGACCCUACCAGUCAUCCGCUCAGUGAGCGAACAGUUCAAAGAUCCUGAACAGACCACCUUCAUCUGUGUGUGUAUCGCUGAGUUCCUGUCCCUUUAUGAGACGGAGCGUCUGAUCCAGGAGCUGGCCAAGUGCCGAAUUGACACACACAACAUAAUCGUCAACCAGCUUGUUUUCCCCGACACCGAGAGGCCGUGUAAAAUGUGUGAAGCCCGACAUAAAAUUCAGUCCAAGUAUUUAGAUCAGAUGGAGGACCUUUAUGAAGACUUCCACAUAGUCAAGCUACCACUGCUGCCCCAUGAAGUCAGAGGCGCUGACAAGGUCAACACAUUCUCUAAGCAACUUCUGGAACCCUACAAACCCCCAAACAAGUGAUUUCCCUCAUUGCAGGACCUCCUCUUCCUCUUUCUCCUCUUCUUCCCCCUCCUCUCCUCCCCUCUUCAGACCACACAUCUCUACAGUGUGAACUCACCUCCUCUCAGCUCCCCCCCAGAACGAACCUCAACCUCAAACCAGAACCCCCUCAGCCCUGUCAUCUGAAACAGAGCGUGCUCACCGGUGCAAAAAGGUGCACGCUUGUCAAGAAGGGGAGCUGAUGAAAUCCUAAACACACAUCCAUAUUGUUAAAGAGAUACAGCAGUACAUGAUUGUACUUUCGUUACUUUCACUUCAUGUUCUGUUCAUUCAUAUCCUCUGUGUGGCAGUCAUACUAUUUCCACAUAAAAGCAUUUUACUCUCUCCUGAAGACAAACCUCUUCUCCUGCAUCCUUUUGCGAUUUCCAGCCUCAGAUGUUUUCCAGUGACGAUGCUGUGGAUGUAACGGCUUUCAGGUGGUUUGAUGUGUACGCCUUGGUAAUUCUGUGUUGUUUGAUGGCUGUGUCUGUUCUUCAGUUUGAUUUAAAAUCUGAUUUCCUCCCUUGAAACGGUCUGGAAUUUCAAUACAAAUUCAGGCUGUGACGGCAAGGCAGUUAAAAACACUAUGACCUUGAAUAAAAGAAAUGGAGUGGCCUUUGGUCUUCAGUAAAAAAAUUUUUGACAAGGCUGUCUUUUUUUUUUUUUUUUUUUUUUCCUCCAAGACUACAAAAUCAGAUUGAAGUACAUCUUUGACCAUUUGUUCAUCACCCAAACCCUACUUUGCCACAUGCAUUAGAGCAGUUCCUCAAACAGAAGUCAAAUUAGGAGUGUUGUGGACUGUUAAUACUGGACAGUCUUAAUAACCUCUAAGUAUUUGAAGUCACUGUGACUUCUACACAUAGUUCAUGUUUGGAGAUUGAUCGGAUUGCUUUUGUUGUGAAAGAGAUUCAAAGCUUGGCAAAAGUCCAAGUGUGAUAUUUUUGGGGCCAGAACCUUACAGAGUUGGCUGAUGGUGGCUGAACCACAAAUACUCAGUUCUCAUAGAAAUCAUCAGAAGCUUUCAUUGUCAGACAUUUCCUAUCCAUCCUCUGCUGAACACUUGUGGGAACGCUAUGAAAGGACUAUUAGUAGCCUUAGUAGGUGUUUUGUCAAUUUAAAAAAAUUGAAUGUUGCCUGAUCAAAUGAAUGGUGAAACAGACCCAGUCACAUUUAAGAGAAACUGGACUCUUGAUUGGCUCGUGUUAGUCCUGCUUGUGUUAACUGAUAUAUCCUGAAAGAAUAGAUGACAGGGCAGUGCAUCCUCAAACAAAAGCAUCAUACCCCUUCCUCUGUCACUGAAUGCUUUUGAGUCAAUAAGAAUCUGUUUUUCUAUAGAUUAUCUUUUAAAUUAAGUUGCAGAUGUUAAAUAAAAACAGACUUGCCUCAGC